AUGGCGAGUAACAUACCAGCUGGACUGCGAUCUGCAGAUAUCGGUCGCUUUGCAAUUAGGGCAGCCCAGAUCGAGAAGGUCAAGCCUGUGGUUGCAUACUGGUGCAAUUUCCAUAUUGUGAACCAAAUCAUCGAAAGAGGUCUCCACAAUGCCGACGACGAGAUAAAAAUUUACACAACAAACCUUGUGGAUAAGCUGGAGCAAUUCAAAGUUGAGAACCCAGAAAAUGAGACAGUCACAGACACUGUUGCGGCGAGCGCCUACGUCGAGCAAUUCGGAUUAGAGGUCUUCAGCCGCGCCGAGGCUGCCAUGAAUGCCAACAAAGCCACUAAGCAAACAGCAGAUACUUUCCAAGCAGCAGCAACAUUUCUUGAGCUUUGUUCAAUUUGGGGGGCUUUAGACCCGGAGAUUGCUGGACGAAUCAAGUUUGCUAAAUUCCACGCUCUUCGGAUUGUGAAGGCCUUGAAAGUCGGCGAAGAUCCUAAUGCGACAAAUCCCGCCCCAAAGCAGGAAGAAGAACCUAUCAACGAGCCUGAUGUGCAAGCAUUUGACGAGUCGGUAGCCGAGCAGGCCUCCAAACCAAGACAAGCCUCUAUCGAAGAGAUCCCAGACGAGUCUGACCGUUUUGGACGAGAUCUGGCCCGGAAAUCGAUCCUUGAUGAAUCACUCCACCCUUCACGCACAACAUCAGCACCUCGUCCCCCGGUCGCCUCAGAACCCGAGAUCCCUUCAGUUCCUCGCAAUGCCCCCGGAUCUCCCCCGCAAUGGAUGGAUGUUGACAGCUCCAACUCGGGUGGGCUAGAGCUCCCCUCAACCCCAGCAACAAUUGGCGGCGGUUCCCCCUCAGUACCCAAUCUUCCAGAUACUCCGACUGCAUUCCAGUCUUUCCCCCCGCCGCCUACAGACUCGUCCGCCUCGACAGCAGACCCUGCUUCUUUCUAUGAUACCCCAAGUGCCAGUGCUCCUGUCCGGCCUCCUACCCAGCCUCCGGCUGUUCCGAAGUUUGUACCAGCUCCAGCUGCCCAGGCCCCUGUUGUGCCUGCUCCCUAUAUUCCACCUCAGCCGUCACACGGCAUAGACGAUAACUCGGUGCAGUUGGCACAGAAGCAUGCUCGUUGGGCGGUCUCUGCCUUGACGUUCGAUGAUGUCGACACGGCUAUCAAGGAGCUCAGAAACUCGCUUAAGUGUCUAGGCGCAUCAUGA